UGUUUUUGUGGUUGUUAUAUUGCCGAUCCGAUCGUAUUGAAAAGUGUCAGUUCCUCGAGUGGCAUGUGCAUUGUGUGAGCUUUUGACAUUGCAUUAUGGGAGCAGCUAGUAUAGGAUCUAUUGUUUGUACCUUGGUUUUUCUAAGUGCGACAGAUAUAGGGAAUUCCAUACGAUGCUACGAAUGUAUUGCGAGAUUGGGGCCCGGAGAUUCGAGUCCUUGCUUGAGUGGGGAUGAGACGCAGAUGCGCAGAGUUCAUUGUAUUGGACCGUCUGUGUGCGCAGCAUAUCACUAUCAAACCGUCAUACCCGGCACGCCCACCAUCAACCAUAUCACUAGAGGAUGUCAGGCGUUAAAAUACGGUGCCACCUGUGAAGACAUAUUCAACCAGUUGAGAAGUAGAAAUGAAAUAUUACCCGGACAGCACACUUGCACCACUUGUAGUUCAGAUCUGUGCAAUUCUGCAAAAGACAUUAGUUCCAUUUGUGUAACUCUAGCACUAGGGUUAGGCAUGCUAGUACGACUUUUAUGAUUUUAUUAUACCAUAUAGUCACUUAAAUAAAUAUUUGUAUAUUAGUAACCUU